AUGAUCUUUCUAAAGUCCAUGCUGCGUGUGGUGGACAACUCCGGCGCCGAGCUUGUCGAAUGUAUCAAGGUUCUGGGAAAAAAACCCACCAACCAUGCCAAUAUCGGAGACAAAGUCGUGGUUGUUGUGCAGAACGCAAAGUCUCUUAACCAGCACUUGACGGGAGCAAGCGCCAGCAACAGAGUCAAGAGAGGCGAUAUCUGUCGUGCCGUGAUUGUGAGGACCAAGUCGCCAACGCUCAGAUCGGACGGAAGCGUGAUCAGAUUCGACGACAACGCCUGUGUGCUCAUCAACCAGAAAGACGAGCCGAUCGGAACCAGAGUCAACGGCGUGGUUGCCAGAGAACUCAGACGCAAGAACUUCGGCAAGGUGGUGUCACUGGCCCCAAGAGUGGUCUGA